GGGACCGAACGGAACCGCCGCCCCGCAGCGCCGGCACUGAGCGGGGGCUGCGAGCGCACGCACCGCCGUGAGGAUGGGAGACCCCUUCGCCCACUGGAGCGGAUCCGCAGCGCGCACUGAAUAUGAGGACAGCCCCCACGGCCCCGCCAGCUUCGCCCGGCCCAGCGCCAAAAGCAUCUACAAUCAGCGCAAGGACUACGGGCAGACGCUGCUCAAACCCCAAAGCGACUUCCAGCACCACGUGGAGCACCUGCUGACCCUUCGCCUGGAGCGGGAGCUGCGCGGCGCGGAGGACUGCGUGGGGCGGCUGCGGGAGUUGGAGGCGCAGGGGAAGGUGUGGGGUCAGGACGUCCUCCUGGGGGUCCGCGGGCACGAACUGCUGCUGAGCGACGUGGAGAGCCGGGAGGACCUGGACUCGUUCCCUCUGAGCAGCAUUCAGGACUGUUUGGCCACCCCGGAUGUGGGCAGUUACGAUUCGGUGUUGGCCGUCAGCGUUCAGGAGAGGGGCCGGGGGGGGAGCAGUGUGCUGCUGUUCCACUGCCACCACAUCGGGGCCGGGACGCUGAAGAGCAGCCUGGAGAAGUUGGUGCGGCAGCGCAAAGAGGAGCAGCGGCAGUACGGGAAUGUCCCGGAGACGCCUCCCGACCCCCCCUACAUCCCGGUAUCCUACAGAGCUGCGGAGCCGUGGGCAGAGCACAGCGGGCCCCAAUCGCUGCCCCCCAUCCAACACAAACCCCCCUCAGAAUACGGAGCGGAUCAGAACAUUUGGAUGGGCCCCAAUGGAGAGGUCAUGUCGGACCCCGAACGUGACGUGUUGGUCCUUAACCACGUGCUGGGCGAUAUGGAGCUGCUGGUGGGGCGGCUGCGGGGCAGCGCCGGGAGCACCAAAACCCCAAAGAAGAAGAAGAAGAAGAAGAAGAAAGAUCUCCCCUCCAAGGCAGAGUAUGUGGACUUCUUCCAGAAGGCGAAAUACGCCCUCAACCUCCUGGCGUACAACUGGCAGCACAUCCGGACCCCCUCCGGCCCCGAACUGCUGGAUCUCAUCUUCCAGACCCUGACCUCCGUCCUGGAGCAGUGCCCCCACCCCCACCUGGCUGAGGAGGUGGAGACCCCAUUGCUGCUCCCGGAGGCGCUGCAGCUGUUGGAGGGGACCCUCCUGCCCGAGCAGCACCGCACGUGGCAGAGCCUGGGCAUGGCGUGGCACAGGAGCCGGGCGCAGUACCCCAAUGCAGACCAGGUCCCGCGCUACGUCCCCACGUUCUCUGACGGCUGGCUGCCCCCCCCCAUGCUGACCGCAGAUUAUCAGCCGGUGUUGGACGGGAAUCCCCCCGGAUACAGAGAUGCUCCGGGGCAGCUACCACCCCCCCACCCCCCCACGGCGGUGCGGGCGUUGUAUGAAUUCCAGGGCAGAAACCCACAGGAGCUGAGCGUGCGGAUGGGGGACACCCUGCAGGUGUUGGACCAGCAGAAGAAGUGGUGGUUGGUGCGGAGCCGGGGGGGGCAGCAGGGCUACGUGCCCAGCAACAUCCUGGAGCCCGUGGGGCACGAGGACGGCAGCCAGGGCAGCCCCCCCACUCUGCACGUGGGGUCCUCUCCGGCGGAGGUGACGGCGUGGCUGAAGGACAAAGGCUUCUCUCCGCUCACCGUGCGCUGCCUGGGGGUGCUGGGGGGGCAGCAGCUGCUGCAGAUGAGGGCGGCGGAGCUGCGCGCUGUGUGCCCCGAGGAGUGGAGGAGGGUCCUCUUCAAACUGUCCUCCGCCCGCUCCGCUCUGGGGAUGGACCCCACGGACUGACAGCGCUGAUGCCGUAACAGCAUAAUGCGGUCCCCCCCCCUCCGGGAUGGAGCGCCCCGCUGCGGGGGGGGGGGCGGCUCCAAAGGACUGGGGGGGGGGGGGAGGCAGAAAGGGGACCCCCACUGCCCCCCCCCCCCACACACACAGCGCCCAUCCCACCCACAGCCGUUGGUGGAGCGGUGCUGCUGAAUGGGGGGGGGGCGCUGGGGGGGCACCCCGGGAGAUGUGCACUCCUUGUUGGGGGGGGGGCAAAAGAAGAGGUGUAAAAUAAACGCACUGACAGCAGA